AUGGCAGAAACUAGCUCAGGAUACAGCGACAAUAAACCCACAACAUCUACCGAAUCGCGCUCCAAAAGGAAGACCAGAAAUGAAAGUGAGAAACGACGACGUGACGCAUUUAACCGGCUGAUCGGCGAGUUAACCGGCCUAGUGGCCGGUGAUGAGAGGAGAAUGGACAAAAGCACUGUACUGAAGUGUGCAAUCGACUUCCUCAAGCAGCGCAAUCGUUGGUUUUAUUUUCUUGAUGCAAAACCAGGAUCCUUCACAAUAUUGCUUCUUUUGUGCAUCUUUGUGUAGCG